AUGACAAAUAAAUAUUACUUUGAAGCUGUAGACAGAAGCCUUCGUGAUAUUAUGAAAAGUGUCCGAGAAGAAUUGUCAGCAAAGCCUUUUGGAGGGAUAACUACUGUGUUAGGAGGUGAUUUCUGGAAAAUUUUGCCAGUUAUUCCCAAGGGUGAUAGACAAGACAUCAUUCAAGCAUGUAUUAAGACUUCUUAUCUUUGGCAAGUUUGUGAGGUUCAUUCACUACAACAAAAUAUGAGGUUAAAGGCAGAUAAUUUAGAUUCUGCAUCAAAAGAACAGAUGAGACACUUUGCGAAUUGGAUUCUUGACAUUGGAAAUGGAAAACAUUGCCCAGAUAGUGGUGUUCGCUCUAUUGUCGACAACAUAUAUCAAGAUUUGGAGGGUCAUGUUGGAGAAUCAAAUUUCUUAGUGCCUAGAGCAAUCUUAACUCCAACAAAUGAGACGGUUGAUCUAAUAAAUGACCAUAUAUUGGAAAGGAUACCAACUGAAGAAAGCAUCUAUUUCUCUUCUGAUUCAAUUUGUAAAGCGGAUUUUCAUGUUGAAGAUCAAGACCUACUUUAUCCAACAGAGUUUCUUAACACACUUAAAUUUCCAGGAUUUCCACCACACACACUAAGGUUGAAAAAAGGCGCUGCAAUAAGGCUUCUUAAAAAUCUAAACCAAGGCUCUGGAUUAUGCAAUGGCACGAGACUAAAAAUCACUUAG